CCAUCUGACCCAGCUACCCCGCCGUCGCCACCUACUUCCAAUUCCCUCUCGGUUUCGUCGCCUUCAACUUCUCACCCUUUUUAUCGUCUUCUCCUCUUCUGACGAUCGCGGGCAUAAAUUCUGAACCCUAGAAACCCAGGGCUUCUUCCGGUUCCGUUCCAGAGCUCUCUCUCGCGCGAGAGAGACAAAGAUCGAGGUAGAGGAUGCUUCUGAUCCGAUCUCUUCGCUCAGGAAUCCGUCCGCCGGCUCCGCAUUCCGCCUUCUCCACCUCUGCCGCCGUCGUGCAGGCGGAGAGGACGAUUCGAGAAGGCCCCAGGAAAGAUUGGAGCCGGGAGGAGAUCAAGUCCGUCUACGACUCCCCCAUCCUCGAUCUCCUCUUCCACGGCGCACAAGUCCACAGGCAUGUUCACAAGUUCCGUGAAGUGCAACAGUGCACGCUUCUUUCUAUUAAGACUGGAGGGUGUAGUGAAAAUUGUUCCUACUGUCCACAGUCAUCGAGGUAUGACACCGGAUUGAAAGCCCAAAAGAUGAUGAACAAGGAUGCUGUUUUGCAGGCAGCAAAGAAGGCAAAAGAGGCUGGCAGCACGCGUUUCUGUAUGGGUGCUGCAUGGAGAGAUACAGUGGGCAGGAAGACCAAUUUCAACCAGAUCCUUGAAUAUGUCAAGGAGAUAAGGAGUAUGGGUAUGGAGGUCUGCUGUACUUUGGGCAUGCUAGAGAAGCAACAAGCUAUGGAGCUCAAGAAGGCAGGGCUCACAGCAUACAAUCAUAAUCUUGAUACUUCUAGAGAGUAUUACCCCAAUAUCAUAACAACGAGAUCUUAUGAUGAGAGAUUGGAGACGCUCCAAUAUGUCCGUGAGGCUGGAAUCAGCGUGUGCUCAGGAGGAAUUAUAGGUCUUGGAGAAGCAGAAGAGGACCGUGUGGGGUUGCUGCAUACAUUGGCUACCCUCCCUACACACCCCGAGAGUGUUCCGAUUAAUGCAUUGGUUGCAGUCAAGGGUACACCUCUCCAAGAUCAGAAGCCUGUUGAGAUUUGGGAGAUGAUUCGGAUGAUCGCUACGGCUCGCAUUGUGAUGCCUAGGGCGAUGGUGAGGCUAUCAGCUGGUCGGGUAAGGUUUUCCAUGCCAGAGCAAGCACUGUGCUUUCUGGCCGGUGCCAAUUCUAUCUUCACUGGGGAGAAGUUAUUGACAACACCGAACAAUGACUUUGAUGCUGACCAACUGAUGUUCAAGAUUCUUGGAUUGACACCAAAAGCUCCAAGUUUUUCUGAAGAAGCAAAAGCUUGCGAACUAGAGAGAUGCGAGGAAGCCGUCUCCAGUUCAGGUUGAAGCUUGUCCUAGUCCAGGAAACCCUUUCGAUGCAGGCCCGCUUUGCGCCCCCCACUUGUAUCUUAAUUUAAUUGAGUUAACACAUUGGUUUUCUUUCAACUUUGCUUCUUACAGCUCUCUUGCUUGUGCCAGCAGGAUGCCUACAGAUUGUUCUUAGAAUGAGAGUAAUUAAUGAUUUAAAUGAUAUAGGCCAUUGAUGAUGUCAUUAUAGCACCAAAGGUAUUUUUAUUUCA